UGAAGAAGUUUGCCUGAAUCGAGUAGUCACUGCAGAAAGAUGGCGUUGUUUUGUAGAGCUCGCGUUAGACUCUAAAUUUUUAUCGAAAUAUGAAUUAAAAAUACCACAGUGCGUUAUCAUAAUAUUGCGGUCGUCUUGAUAUUUAUCCGAGGCAGUUGGCAUUGCAUUUCACGAUGGAAUUGCAUGGCUUCCAACUGGUGUAGGCUAGUUGGGCCAUGCAGGCACAGCCAGGCCGGCGCUAUCUUAACUCCGUAUCAGAUUUGUAUGGUGCUGAUGAAAUAGAAGCGUUGUGGGACGAAAUUCGCACACUGGAGCCCUCAAGUUGUCGCCCCGAGGACAUACAGAGAGGAAGUUAUAAUGGACCGUCAGGUGAGGAUGCAGAUUUUGCUACAUGCUGUAGCCAAUUAAAUAAUGACUUGAGUGAGGACGAAGUUUUCUUUGAAGCGGAAUCGUCAUUGGAGGACUUCGAGAUUGCGGGCAGUCAGACGGGCGUGGCCAGCGUGGCUGACUGUGAGUCGCCCGCGGUCACGGUCCGAUCAUGGGACUCUCACGCCAACUACCGCGUGCCGGGGUCCCACCCCGGCUCCAUCUUCCACGGAGUCAUCCUGUACUGCGACGAGACGCAUCUCAAGUCGUCCACAGGAGUCGUCCGGGUUCUUCUAGUGAUAUCGUCCGUGGCGUGUUUAGCUUGUCUCUGUUCCUCUGGGACAGUGAAGCUGGGGUUGUUUAUGCUGCCUCUUGUGGCCCGCCUUCGUUUGAUGAUGUUUGUGACCAUCUUUAGCUUAUUGGUCACGAUCUUGCUGCUGUUCCUGGACAUCUCACACAUAAUAUAUCUGUUUCCAUUUAAUUGGGGGAAACUGAAUGCAUGGUUUUAUGUCAGCGUUAGUGUGCUUUACCUAAUCAGUUCAUCACUCAUCCUUCAUCUGCUCAAUGAGUAUCAGGAAUCAUACUCUUGGAUACCAAAGAAAACCCGGGACCACCUCUUAGCAACUGGGGUUUUGGGGUACAUAUGUGCCAUUGAGGCUCUAGUACUUUCUGUUACAACCAGCUGUUGUCGUCGAGACCAAUAUCGGCCUGUGGUUACUGAAGAUUCAAGCGAAAUGAAAGUCCGAGAUUCGGCACUCCAGCCUUUGCGGUCUGACAGUCCUCAGCAUCGCGUGACGCCUCCCAACAAGUUGGCUGUCCCCUCCUCAGCUUCCACUUCUUCCCGUGUGUCUCGGAUGCGCAACUCAGCAUCUGCCCCUCUCUGGCCUUUGGAUGAUGGGCAGCCAGGCUCGUCCAAACACAAUGACGGCUAUGCGUGACGUUAAUGUUCGCUCUUUUUCUUGAUCAGGUAUUCAUGUAACCCUAUUGAAUACUUGGGGUAUUUAGUCCAAAGAAUUCUGCUUUUCAUUUGUAACACAAUCAGUUUCCACAUAUUUUUAAAACGUGGGAAUACCAAUUAUAAGAGUUUCGCUGGAAGUGCCUGUAUCCCAUUUCAUUAGUGAAUCAAUCUUAUUAGAUUCAGAGGAUAUUUUAAAUUUCAUUGUAAUUGUCAAAUGUACGAGACAACAAACAGGGGCUUUGGCUGGCCCAUUUGAAGGGAAGGCUCAACUAUCUUAGCAGUUGGCCUAACCUAUCUUAAAUGAAUAUAGUUGACCCUGAAAGUGUUCCCGUAUUUUUGUAUUGUAGUGUACAUGAUGUGUAAUUUUUAUGCUGAGGCUUUCAAAAUUUGUGAUUUUUUCUGAUAGACUAUCUUUAGAUAGCAACAAAGAUUUUUAGGCUACAGCCAAAUAUUAUGUUUUUCAGCAGGCAUUAGUGGAAUUUUUAUUCAGCACACAGUAAUUGUUUUCUAGUCAAGAGGUAUUACAGUACCAUGAUCUCUAGAGGCCUGCAUACUUAUUUAUGCACUUCCCCGAGUAAUUUCAUUUUUUGACUGAUAUAAUUUUGAGUGUGAUAUUUUUCUUUUACUGUAAGUUGAUUCCAUUUUUUUUUUUUUCAUAAAGUAUUAUGACAAGUCAUCUUUAACAAGUAAAACUGUACUUCCAUUUUAGUUUACCAGCAUUCUGAUGCUGCUUCCUCUAUAUUGUAAAGUGCCAGGAGGUUUAACUCAGUCAAUAGUUUUAUGAUAUUGUCUUACCUUUCGUACUUAUGUGUAUUUUGUUUUGUUUCAUCUUUGUAACAUGCUACAUUUUUCCUUGCUGCUUUUGCCUGCUCUUGUGUCAACUUGAAUGUUGUCAACUAUGGAGAGAGCUGUUUAUGAUCUGUGAAGGUGGCUGUUAAACAUAUCGUGGCACUGUGUAGUUGUCACCUGCCGUCCUGGUUGAAUUUGGAAUGACAGGGUACGGUAUCUCACUGGGGCGGUUUUCGGUUAUGGCUUUAUGCCUUGGAAGUUUUGUGUACAAAUAGUGUCUUACUAAAGACAUCAUGACAAUCUGUAAAUUACAAGAGUUUGGAUUUAGCCAACUUAAUGUAAUGAAAAUUGUGGUUUUUGUGUUUUGUCUCCUAGCUGGCAGCUUGUAAUGGCAGAUGCAAAGAGUAUUAUUCUGUCUGCCCCUAAGUUUUAUAAUGAGAACCAGAGGAGCAUUCUCAUGAACAGUCGUGGAUUGCUCAUUUUGUGCACUGCAUUGACCAGAGCUUCCAAACACUUGAAUGGCACUCACCCACUCACUCACUUAUUUUCAAAGAAAAUUUAGUCUAACAUGCAAUUUUGCAUGUACUUUACUGUGUAAGUAACAGUGCUGUUUCUAAUAAAGUCUGCUUUCAAUAUUUCUAACAGAUAUAGAAAAAUUUCUAUUAUUGCUUUGAAAGUUGUAAUUGUUAGCUGUACACGCAUGUUAUUAAGAGUAAAUAAUUGCUGAGGUCUGACCCUGGAUGCUUAGCUGAACAAAUGAAAAGUUUUGUGAUAUUAUCUUAAAGUUGCCAUGAAAAUUAUGAGUAAUAAGGGUCUUAGACAUUUGUUUACUUUGGAUAACAUAAAUGGACAGGAAGUUUUGAGAUGUUAUUUCUAUUCACACAUAACAUUGAUUCUGUGUGUAUAAAAUCAGAAAUUACAAACUCAAAUGUUUAUUCACAAAAUCCAUACUUAAUUGGUCACCAGAGUAGGUUAUCUUGUUUCACUUGUAAACAUUCAUCGAUAAUUGGGAUGAAAAUUAUCUUAUUUCAAUGCCUUUCCAACAUGUGUUUGAAGGUAUCAUGCAUUCAUAUCAGCACUCUUGGUUCUUUAUAAAAGUUCGUCCAGACUAAAGGAUUUUUAUUUUUCCCUCUAUUAUCUUUUAAAAUAUAAAAAAAUUCUUUGAAACUUAGUUAAGGUAGUAGAUAAUGUUUUUUUUUUCUUUUAUGUUCGUUGCUUCCUUUGCUUUACUAAGAUCGAUUGGUCUCAAAGACCAAUAUGUCUUAAAUGGAUCAGUAAUCUCAAAACUUUAAUUGUAGGUAUCCAGCCCUACCAAACAUACCCACACCAUUUACUCUUGUUACUUCUGUGGAUGGGCUGUGUUUGGCUGGACUGUAUAUUUACAACUAAAUUAAAUUUUUCUCAAUGAAUUAUGUGCGCAGUUCAUCUUUUCUGACUUAGAUGAAAUUUUAAAAACGUUUGUAUGUUUUCUGUCCUUGGUAUUAUUAUUUGAAGGUAGUUUUAUUCUAGAUUUUUGGAGGUGUAUGUCACUUUCAUUUGAAGGCCAAAGAAACAGAUUGGACUGAUGUGGGGUUGCAUCGAUAGUGUUAAUUGUAAUGCAUUACAUUCCCUUUCUACCUUUUUUUUUCCUCUUGUCGGAAAUUUUCUCUGAGGCGAAAUUUUUAGAUGAGCUAAAGAACAGCGGUUGUUUUGAUGGAUGCUUGUGCAGUGUAAAGAAACAGCUUUUUGUUAUGAGCUAAUCUUGAGGUGCUAUUGUAUUGGAACAUGAAAUAGUGUAAUCGAGUCACUCUUGUCCUCAGAAGAAAUGUGAGUGGUCUAGCUAUUUUCAUUCUUUUUACUCAAAGAAAUUCUUAUGCUGCUUUGCUUAAAAACAUGAAAUUUACAUUUCAGUUUAACUUUGAUGAUGCUCUAGUGGGCAGCAUCUAGACCAAGUCUUCUUAGUUAUAUGUUUGUCUCAGUCUUGCUGAGAACCUCCACAGCUAACGCACUAGUAUUAUUAGAUUUUCAAUGUUACCAAACUCUGUUUUUCUUCUUUCUUUUCCUGGGAAACACUCUGCAGGAUUUAUUCUAUCACAUUUGUAAAUACAAUUACAGUUAUGAAAGCAUUGCUGUGCUCUGGUUUAUGUACACUGUAAUAGUUUCUAAAUUAAUUUUAUUCUGAAUUAUUUGGAGACCUUUUGGAGUUACUUUAAAUCAUUUUAGUUGUUCAGUCUCUGCUUAAUAGCUCUAAAUAUUUCAAUAUUCUGCGCAAAUUUAAUGUGAAAAAAAUGAGUGAAAGUGUGCAUAGGUAUUGAUGACCUUCAGUUUGUGGGUUUCCAUACCUCAUAUUUUGGUAAGAUUAUAAUUUUUUCAAAGAGAAAAAUCUAUGAAAAUAAUUUAUAGCCAGCAAGAUUGAAUGCUAAAACCCAGUUAUCUGUGGCAGCAUAUUUUGUCUAGAAACAAGUUGACUCAUUUUACUUGUAUUAUAAUUGUGAAGUACUCAUGUUGUAUACUAGUUUGUACAUGUGUGUGUUUGCUGAUGGGAUUGGUGCUCACACUGUAGUGUGUUCCUAUCGGAUUUGUUUCUUGUGUGUAUUGGUGUGACAGUUGGAUUAUGUUUCCGCUCUAGUAUCUUUGUGAGAAACCCUUGACCAUGUCAACCAUUGCAAAUAAACCAAUCUAAAUUUUAAAACGAAAA